AUGGAGCCCAUCGUGCGGAGUAUUAAAAUCUCCACCGGGAAUCAACGGCCGCCGCCGUCGAAUGAGGAGGGGCCGGGAGACUCGCGAGAGGGGAGCUCGAUUGAGCGAUCCCAGCCUCACGACGCGACGGAGGCCUCUGGGGAGGGAGGGAGGCCAUUUGAGACGCUCUUGACGGAACGCACGGUCGAGCAUCUCGUCGAGAGAGCCUCCCCCGGUCCUGGAAAGCCCACAUCCUUUCGAACCCCCCCAAAAGAAGGGUUGGAGACAUCUACAUCGGCCGUAUCGGUUGGCUCUCCGGUGAUAUCCGAUCGCGAGAUCGCCGCGAGCGUCUUGGCUUCCGCGGAUAAACGCCGCGCGCAGCGCCCCUCCCCUCAAGAAAGGAGGGCGUUCGAGAGCGAGGUGAUGUUGAGGAUGGCGAGCUCGGCCUGCACAAGCGCAUCUCCGCCGAUCACGAGUGAGGGCCUUUUGGAGAGUUUAGCGGUGCAUCCCAAUAAGCUUAAUCGGGGUGGGGAGCCCGCGAUGGAGCGGUGUAGCGACCCCUCCCCUCCUUUUCUUAACAGUUGCAGCGAUGGCAGCGCCGGGCAGGAGACGGCGAAGGACCCACGGGUGUCCUCCCCAUCCCCCACGGACUUCCAACUCCAGUCCAGUCUUCAGGUCUCGGCCGAUAAACGCCACGCCUUAUUCAGCCAGGGGCUGCUUUCUCAGUCGCCCUCGCGUGGCACGCCGUACGAGGGGCUGGGAUCCGCCUCGCCGCUACCGUUGAGCGUCUCGGGUGGCGCCCUCUCGACGCAGCUGGUCGCUUCAACGGUGAAAACCCCUCAGAGCUCCAGCCCCACUGCGAUACCCCUCCACGCGCUGGAAGAAAGUACGGGUGCUUAUCAGCCCGAGGUGCCGUCGGUUGAACCCACACGCGAUGCUCAGUUAAGCGCAGCGGCCUCUGGGAUUGGCUCGACCGCCGAGGUGAGAAAAGAAGAUGAAGACGGUGGUGAAUCACAGAAGUGGAACACCAACCAAGAUCAAGGGGGCUUCAUGGUGGCGAACUCCACCUGGAAUUCCUCAACAAGAGAUCCUUUUCUCGACUAUGCGUACUUAGAAGAAAGACUUCAAGCUAAUAAAAAUUAUUGUGAAUCCGAUGAAAAUGCUACGUCUAAAGGGAAAACCCCGCAUGCGUUAGAAGCAAACUCCGCGAGGUGUGAAGAAGACAAUGCCGUUGUGGAGAAAAACGAUCCUGCUCUGUUGGUGAACUCUAAGACGCAGGAGAACUCCCCUAGCGAAGAGCUUCCCCAAGGCCUCCCCUUUCUACCGCCUCAGUUCUACCAGCUGGAGAAGGACAUUAAGGCGAUCUCCGAAGGUCGCCUCUGCUCCGUGACGCUGUCGAUGUCUCCCAUUCCGCCCUCAAAGCGUACGAGGGAGGCGCCUCAAGUGGGAAGGGGCUCCAUCGUGAUCCCUUACACGAAGAGGGAGGCCGCCAUGGGCGUCUCCCCAUGCCCCACCGCGGGGGAUGAAAGUGCCGCCAAGCCCCUUCGCCGCAGCAGCCUGAUCCUGGCCGAGGGCGGCCCCUACCUCUCCUGCUACACCCCCCUCCAGGAGCCGCACCGGCCUUUGUCGAUGCCCUGCAGGAGCACCUCCCCUCCGCCGAUCCAAAUUCCGAGGACCCUCGCACCACCCCCUCCGCUGCCGAGACCCCCAUCGGCCGCCGAUCUCGAUCACCCCAUCCCACAGACGCUCCCGGGCUCGACCUUUGCGUUGGCGGAGAAGGAGGCACCCGCGCCGAUGGUGGAAUCCCCUACCCCAGUGCCUCCUUGUAUUUUGCCGGAUAGUAAACGCACACCGGCCCCCCUCUCCCAUCUCCCGCGCCCCGUGCCGCUCAGCUCUCAAAUUCAUCGCCAGCCCCUCUACCCGAACAGCCCCAUUCGGGGGGUGGGACGUCAUGCCCCUCACAGUCGCCUGCCAUUUUCCGAGGGCAACCAAACGGCCGUUGAGGUCCCACCAGCCCGCGCGCAGGCAACCCCUUUACCUUUUUCCCUCAGCCCCCGUGAAGGGCGUUCCACACCGUACCCUCGAGGGUCUAUCAUCUUAACAGUCAACAGCCCCGAAGACGACACUGAAAGCGAAAUCAUCAGCCGAACGAGCGGUGACGCGACCAACCACACCACCCCAUCGGGUGUGAAAUUAGAGGCGGGAAUACGCUCGCCCGUGUUACUCGUAUCGCCGGAGAGGGCGAGUCCCGUGAACACGCCUCAGGUCUCUGACGACGUACCGGCGCAGGCGCCACUUUCAUCGUCCAAGGGCAGCCCGCAGCUCCAAAGUGACCAUCCUUCGCAACAUGUGGAUCCAAUUCCUCACGAUACAUCUUCUUCGUUUGCCACGCCGCAGUCUCGGCAGCAGAACCGUCCGUCCGGGGAAGUCAGCGGCACAACAGGCAGUCAAUCCACGCCUAAACGCCCCACCCAGCAUAGCGGUCGCCUUAGUCAAGUCGAUCGUCUGAUGAAGAUGCUCCCCGACGAUGCCGUCGCGGCGAUUGAAACAAGCGUUUCCAAGUGUUCAACAGCGAAAAGCAGCGGUAAAAAAAGCAGCAAAUCCACCGGUGUUCAAGAUACACCAUCGUCAAGCGACAUGCAGAUUCCCUCCCACGUAGCUGAGGCUUCCAAUGUUUCGGAUUCGAUAGCUCAGCGGAUCGCACAGAACCCACGAAAGAAGACGGAGAACUACAGCUAUGACUCCUAUCUUAUCUACCUUAGCCAGCUCAAUCGCACGAGUGCCAAGAAAAUCCGAAAAAAGGCGGGUAAACGGAUGCAAAAGCGGAUUGAGAGGGACGUUUUGGAAGAUAAAGCAAACGAUAAAAACAAGGCAGCAGCCUUGGCCGAAGAAGGGGGGGUGGCCAAAAGAAUGAAGGCUGAGACCACUAAAACCCCUCCGACCCGAGUCCCACUCCGCAAAAAGACGGAGUCAAAGGAGGAAGAACCUGUCGUGGUAUCGCCAUUAACUCCUUCAAUAAAUUCCCAGCCACAAAGUCACAAGCUAAAUGCGGCAUCGCAUACUUCCGGGGAGCGGCGAGAGACCGCAAAGAAAGGAGGAACCCCAAACAAGCCGACUAGGAGGCUGUUUGCAUCCCCUUCAUCCCCUCCCAGUCGCGUGUCGCUUCCUGAAAACGAAGAAAGGACGCCACUGAAGAGCUCAGUAGGCUCAGAAAGCACCAAACUUCGAGGCCGCCCAAAGAGACGAAAAACAGACACUGGGGUAGCGUCCACCAGCCCCGUAAAGGAACCCCAUCCCAGUAGCCCAAAGCCAGUUUCUCCAAAAGAUGAGAUCUCUCCAACACAGAAGAGGUCCCCCAAGCAAACUUUAGUGGCUGAUGACAAGGAAAAACAAAAUUCUGCGCACCCGAAUGGGCUUCACCCACGCAAGAAAAAAAGGCACCGAAAGAGGGUUUCGCGACCUUCUAAUGAAUAG